CCUGCAGAGAAAAGGAAGGAACCAUCUCAGGCACAAAAGCCUGCUGUAGAUCUUGAGAAAUUGCGAAGAGAAAGAAUUGAAAAAGAGAAAGCAAGACAAGCGAGGGAGAAACAAUCCCGCAUCAAUCAGCAAAAACUUGUGGACAAACAGAGACUGCAUCAUAUCAACAAGGCCAGAGAGGCUGGUUGGCGUCACACACUAAGUUCAGGAUCUGGUGGAUCUAACGGUGUGGAGAAUAACGGCCAAUCAAACGAUGAGCCGCCAGUCAAAGAACCCAGGAUAGAUCCUGACAAGGCUAAACGUGAAGUCAAGCCUUUCAAACCUCUCCAAGAAAGAGGUAACUACGACAAUUACCACAAGUACCUGGAUAACCUCCGUGCCAGAGCUCAAGGUGCGGAGGUGGGGCAGGGCGGGGCAGCCAUGUUCAGAAGGCAGGAGGAAGGGAGGGCGUGGCCAGAUGAGGCAGCAGCGAGGCAGAACAUCAGGGAUCGUCCAGUAUCAGCCAGCGCCGCUGAGGCAGCCCGACGAGGAGAGAUGGCAAGGAAUGCCGGUGCUGAGGCAGCAGACAGAGCGAGGCUGGUGGAAGACUUCUUGGCCAACAAACGAGCAGCAGCGGCCAAUAAAGCGAGGGUCUCCAACCCGUUUGGACCGAGCCCAGCCUACAACCAGCCAGCUCCAUCUAUCGCACCAUUUGCUGGUAAUGCCAAAGGAAGAAAUCCCCAAGAAGAGGAGUAUUUGGAGCGUCUGAAGGCGAUACGGAUGCAGAAUUUCCAGGAGAGACGAAACCUCCAAGAGAAAGUUGCAGCUGGAGAGGGAAAGGCAGUCAAGGCAUCUCUGGAGUCUGAAGUUCGAAGGAAAAAGAUUGAGGCACUCAAGGCCCAAGCUGAUGAGAAGGCUGCCAAACUGAAGGAACAGCUUGAGAGACAGAGACGAGAGGCAUACGAGAAGGAGAAGAAAUCCUGGGAAGACCACUUGGCCAAGAAGAGAGCUCAAGACGCCAAAAGGCCAGCAGCAGUACCAGCUGCAGUACCAGCCAAGGGCCCAGCAGCUGCAGUGGUACCCCUGACAGCAGUGUUGAAGGAUGUUGGAUGUGAACUUCUACCAUCAGAGACGCCUGAGCUUAAAGAUGAAGCCUUGUCCAAACCUGCAGUGCCACAGGAGGAGCAAGGCGGAGAUCGUAAAAAGUGGGGAGAUAAUGCAGCCAUCAAUCUGGGUAAUCUGCCGUUACAAGAGACAGCAUCAGGCAUGGAAGCCACCGGUGCAGGUGAUGUUGUCAUAAUGAAUGCAGGAGCCGCGGCCAGUGUUGGGGGAGGGGGCGGAGGGUUGGGAGGGGGUGGGAAGGGAGCAUUUGGCCCUCCACCACCCCUGCCUCAAGGACGUAAGAAAUGGGGUGGGCCUGCACAGACAGCGCUGAAUGCCUUGCAGAAGGCAGAGAUUGUUGAAGGUACGACCACCCUAUUAACAGCUGAUCCAACAGGUGGGGCUCCAAUGGGUGUAACAAUAGUCAAAGAUGAGCCAAGUCCUCGUAAACUGCCCAUCGCCAAGGGAACCAUCACCAUAGCCGCUGGAGCUAAGAAAGGAAGUGAUGACACAGAUGCUGGUUCCAUUGAGACUAUUGAUGUAAAGGAGACCCAAGUUAAGCCCAGCCCAGGCCAAUCGAUAUCUGAUGUGCCUAAUAAACCACGCUCUGCCUGGGGUCAGUCUCCAAGCUCCGUGCCUAAAUCACCAGAUACGCCAACCACUCCCACCACACCCAAAGAAGAGUCGGAGCAGACUCUCAGGGCCCCUUUGUCACCCAAGAAACCAGUAAGUCCCAGGAGCUCCACCAGUCUGGACAAAGCCUCCAGCCCGGACAAAGCCUCCAGCCCGAACAGGAGCUCUAGCCCAGACGUUACUUCUAGUCCAGCAAAGGCCUCAAGUCCAGAUAGGGCCUCUUCUGCAGAGAAAGCUAGCCCUGUAACGAGUACAAGCCCAGUCAAGAUGACCAGUCCUCGGAAGUCACCAAGUCCGGUUAAGGCGUUGCUUUCACCAGACAAGAUCAGUGACAGGCCAGAACCGAAGAAAGAAAGUGCUGAAAAGACUAUGCCAAAACAGGAGAAAUGCGAUGACAUUGCACAACCUAAACCAAUUAGUCAAGAAACCCCUGGAAAACAAGUUACGGCCACCUCAAAGAUUUCUUUCACCCCAACUCGUUCCCCUACCGCGGAAUCUACAACCUCACCCGAGAAAUCCAUACACAAAGGGUCAGACAUCCAACCAAGCACUGAGAUUGUGGACAAAGGCCAAACGCAGCAAGCCCAAUAUGUGCAGACAGACUUACUUGAUGAACAAUCAAACCAAAAAGACCAAAGUGAAGAAAUCACCUCUGAUUCUAAACAUUCCUCUUCCAAAAUCAGCAUUCCUAGUUCCCCAGACCUAGCUCUGACUUCCCAAAUUGAAGAUAUAGAGAACCCAGAUGAUAUCAUAACCCUAGAUGACCCCCCUAGGAGCCCAGUGCACCCUGGAGAUAGCCCCACUAAACCCAAACUUAGCCCAGGGGCACCCAGUUACCCCAGCUGUGAUGCAUGGAAAACCUCACAGCCUAAGCCACUGCUCUUUCCAGAAGCUCUUGUGAGUCAGGUUGAGUUUGAAAGUGAUGAGGAUGACGAUGAACAAGAUCAAUCCUUGUACAAGACGGCUAACAGAUCCGAUGUUGUUGAAGGACUAGAAACAGGGAACUUUGACACUGAUGCUAAGAUUUUGAGGACAUGCUCCAUGCCAGACCUCAGCAAGCUCUUCCGCACCACGCUAGCCCUGAACCCGUUCUUUGAGGUGGAGAAGCAGACAAUGGAAAUAGCUGCCAGGACCUUGGAGCUUGAGCUAGCUGACCUACAGGUUCAGGAUGUGGAUGAGUCUGAGGAUGAGGAAGACUCGACUGAGGACGGAGAGGAUGAUGUUGAUGCCGACGAUGGAGGAGAUGAAGCUGAUGGUGAUGACGAUGAAGAAUACAGAAGUCUAGUAGAAUCCAUGAAGAGCAUCCUGGAAGCAACAGAUGCAGAGGAUCAGGCAGGGCUUGCCAAUAGGGAGGAUGAGGGGUCGCCUAGAGGGUCAGAUGAGAGGUCGUCCAAGUCCUCAUCACCAGUAGGAGCAGAGGGCGGCGAGGAUGAAGAUGAUAUAGCUGAUGGUAAUGAGUCUGGAGAGAGUAAACCCAUCAAUGAGGAUUGGGACUCGGGCGAUGGCACCGAUGGCGAGGGGGACGGUGACAGCGAGAGUCUCUUCAGUCGACUGGAGGAAUCUAGACUACAGUUGGAGAAGGAACUAGGGUGUGAGACAUUCAUCAAGGCGUACAAGUCCAUACAGGCCAUUCACGAGGAUGAAGAUGAAGAUAUAGAGCAAGGCACCAAAGUGAUAGGCAGCAUCCUGGCUGAAGGUCAAGAGCAUCUCUACACUAAGAUACUCCAACUAGUCAUGGCUGAUGGCGCAUACACUGAAGAUAAUGAUUGAUGAGAGAGAAGUGACAUUCCUUUGAUUUGCAAGGCCAUGCAGACACCAUGAUGGUCAAAUCAGUGGUCCUGUCUCAAUUGGUCACAUGGAAGUUCACACUUAAAGGCUGUGUCUGUAUUCUUAAGCGCUCUGCUUACCAAAAAUGUAGUACUGUGGCAAAAGAAAUCUGAGCUCUCUCAGUUGCAUGUUAGUGUCUUUCCGUUAUUUAAUUGACAAAGAAAUCAGGUAUGCAAACUGCUGAAUGUUAAAAAGAAGUGUGUUUUCUUUGAAAGCAGAAAUUAACUACAAAGUAGCCUGGAUGCAUAUAUAUCCUUUGCUGUUUAGGUCGUUGAUUUAGGCCACAACACUGAAUGUCCUAAUCAUAUUUUUUUGGGUCAUUGCAUUUGGUUACUGCUGUGUUUAAAGCAUUAUCCUCCAGCCAGGCUGGGCUCACAAUGGCUUCUUGUUAGAUAUCAGCGCCUUGUGUACACUUGCAGAAGAUCUAGCACUAAGCAACUUUUACGCCUCUGAUUGCUCGCAACUGCCAAAUGCAGCUAUUUGUACAUGUACAUUAACUGUAACAGUUUGCAUUGCUGAAGCUCAGCAGAAGCAGAAAUCUCCAAAACUAAGAUGUGCCAUCACAAACCAGGUGACAUGAUGGGUUACGUUUCGCCCAGGACAAUAUUCUUUGAACUGUUGUGGAAGAUGACUGUGUAAAUGAUAUAUGCAAACAAUGUCACAUGGUGCCCUGAAAGUCACUGUAUUUUUACAGGUGUAGUGCUGUUUGAAUAGUGCUUGGUAGCAUAUCCUGACUGUUUACUGUACAGUGCCACCUACAUUGUGCAAUUAGUCCAACGUGCCUGCCACUUGUUACAGUCAUUGCAAGAUUUACAAGUGGUUGUCUACCCGACAAGUGGAUUUUGUCAGGUUUGAGCCAUCAGAGAAGUUAAGGUCCCAGACCGGGCAGAAGUGGGGUAUGCACGUGGUCUGUUUGAUCCGCAUAACCUGUACAUUAAUUAACAGACUUGUAACAUAAUGGUGUCAUGCUUUGUUUACAUGAUCACUUUCCUAUGCGAAGGGACAUGAUCCAUCAAGCCCCCAUAGGAAAGCGGUCCUGUAAACAAAGCGCAAUGUUGGUAUGUUUUAGGCUAUUAAGCCAUUAUAAGCCACUUUCAGUCUCUAUUUUGAUAGAAACAGCAACAGUUGUUUUCAUCUGAUCCAGUUUAUCCAGCCAGAUUAUUCUAAUGCAGGUGUAUAAGUUUUGUCCAUUUUUAGUUGUUUUGACAAUUUCAGUAAUAACUAUAUCAGCAGGCCAGAGUUUGAGCAUGCUAAAAAAAGUCUUCAUGUUUCCUACUUACCACUCAAUUCAGUCACCAAAUAGAGGGGUUAAGAAAGUAUACUUAGAUUACCUGCAUUCAUUUGGACAUUUUUAACAAAUAUUGGAUUUUCAAUGAUAUGUAAACAAGUGUUAUUCAUUAUAUUUGUGUCUUUGGUAAAAAUCAAGAUGUGAUUCCUCGUAGAGGUACAUACUGCUUGUAUUUGAUACAUGUUGACAAUUUAACAUCAGGGUGCACAUCAAACCUAAAGUGCAGUUAACAGUUGGUAAUCUUAAAUUAACUUCUGCCAUUUCCCUAGUUACAAUGGACUUAGCCUGAUUAUAUGUUUUUACCUCAAGAUCACCUUGAUCAUUUGAAACACAAAGAAGCCAGCAUUCAUGAGGGCCUUCUGAAAAUUGUUCCAAAGAGUGUAUUUUCAUGUUUAAUCUUUGUCACAUUUGAACCUAAUGCUUUGAGUAAACAUUAAUGUAUGUGGUAAGUUCUGAUGUCUUCAGGUCAUGUCAAACGUAGCAAUAGUGCACUUUUUAGAAAAUCAUGUUUAUGGCCUUAAAACAGUCGUUUGCCCUUUUUAUUUUCAGUGCAACAAUUUGUCAUCUGCCUUUACUCUUACACCCAUUUCAGACCGGCAUUCUGUGGUCACACUGAACCAAAUAGAAUUAAGAGCGACCCGGGUCGAUCCAACUGAACUUUAGUUUCAGAGAGACAGACUCAAUACAUACACAUUUUCAUUGGGUACAUCCCAUGAAAAGAGCAACGUCUGAAACCUGGUCGCUCUGGUGCUGUUCCGAGCGUCUUCAUGUAUCAAUCCUUCACAUGCUAAUAUAACUGGUCGCUCCUAAUUGUUUCAGACGUCAAACCUUCGCAAUGCUUAAUUCAAAAUUUACUGGUUCCAGAACGCCUGUCUGAAAUGGAAGUAAUUGUCCCCAAUCCUCCAAUUAUAAAUAACAGCAUGGUUAGGGUUAUCUCUAACCAUGCUGAACCCAACAAGGUUAUGCAGGAUUUCAAUGGUCCCUAGGGGGUUAGGGUUUUAAUGCAUGUAACAUUUCACACAUGGGAUGGAUAGGUAAGUGGGCCAAUGAAGAAUUUCUUGAUUUCCAAGCAGAUUCACUUUCAGUAUAUUCUUUUAAGCCUUCACCAUUUGUGUUUUGCAACUGUAAAUAUCGUACCAUUUUGCCUUUCUAUGUGUGUGAGUGUAUUUAAAAGCAAUGUACAAGUAAAAUGGAAGAAGUGAUAUGCCAAGUUUAUGCAUGUAAUUAGUACAUGUGUCUCAUGUACUUUUUAUGUACACAUAUAGCUGCCAGUGGAUCCUUUAGAAACAAAUCUAAUAUGUGACAAGCUAUUUCAGAAAUUGACCGAGAGUAUCCUACAAUGAUAGUUCAAAUACUACAUAGCUAUGUGCUACUUAUGGGCAUCGUGGGGGAGGGGAUAAGGGAGAUUCCCCUACCCCUCUCCUCCCCGGAAAUAAAUUUUAAAAAUUAAGAAAGGGGUUUAAAAAAAUGAAAGAAAAGGAGCAAAAGAGAUGAAAAUCACCGGUUUGCAUAAACAUCUGAAUUUACCCCCCCCCCCCUGCUGUUAGUGGUUUUCACUUUGCUGCUGAUGAAAUUUUUCCGUCCUCUCCCCCCAAAAAGUCCUGACGAUGCCCAAGAUACUGGACUUUGUAGUUUUUACUGUAGCACGAAAAUUCUUGUAUUCAUGGUUUGGUCACAGUUCUCCACAUCUGCACUAUUCCAGCAUUCCUAAGAUUGUUCCAAGCUAUCCAGAUAUAAGACCAAACUAUCUCAAAAGUGGAACUGUUUCUUGUACUUGUUAGUAAAUUGCCAGGAUGUUUUUCAUUUCACCUAAUAUCCUCUUCUAUAAAUGAAGCAGCUUGUCUUGUAGUCUGUGAUUAUAGGUUGUAAAUGCUUGUGGAUAAUAUCAUAUGCCCGUGUGAUUUUAUUUGAAUUAUUUCUGUCGUGCUAUAUAUGUGCAUAUUUUGUGAAAUAAAUUAAAUGGUCGUCGGCCUUAUUUGAUUUCGAAA